AUGUCUGCUCCAGUACCUCCUCAAACCGUUGACGUCCUCAUCGUUGGCGCCGGUCCUGCAGGGGCCAUGGCCGCUCUCGCACUGGUGAAAUGCGGUGUCAGAAACAUCAAGAUUGUCGACAUAGCCCCAAGAAAGACUGCUGGAUAUGCGGGCGGUAUCAUGCCCCGCACUAUUGAAGUAUUCAAGAGCUACGGCCUACUUGAUAAGCUCUAUUCCGAGGGAGCUUGCCCCGUCUAUCGUAUCGCGACCUACACCUACGACAAGACCUCAGAUUGUCCCAAGCUUGUUUCAAGGUUCCCCGCGGUCGCAGAACCUACUGCUCGUUACCCUUUUAUCUUGGAGAGCAGCCAGCCGAUCAUUGAAGGCACUAUGCUCGAAGCAGUAGCCGCGGAAGGCAUAGACGUUGAACGCCUUUACUCCCCAAUUAAGCUAGACGUAUCAUCGGACGAGGCCGUGCUGGGAGAUCCCACGGCCUAUCCCAUCACAGCAUAUUUGCAGUCUCCCGAGCUGAACCGAGAGUCACAGGUAGUUCGUGCUAGAUUCAUUGUGGGCGCAGAUGGUGCGCACUCGUAUGUACGCAAGACCGUGGGCAUCGAGAUGGAAGGCGCUCAGACUGAUCAAGUUUGGGGCGCCGUCGAUUUCAUUCCCUCACCGGAGUCGGACUUUCCAGACUGGCGCAACGUCGGCACUAUCAUCGGUGGUGGCGUCAGCGUCUUUCUCAUCCCACAUCCUGGAGGCAGCGUCAGGCUGUAUGUCGAGCUCAGCGCUGAAAAGGAUGUCCUCGAUCCCGCGACUGGACGCGUUGACAUGGCUAGGUUCAGCGCCAAGCGCCUACUCGCGAUCACGAAGAAGGCGUUCCAUCCUUAUAUCAUUGAGCCCUCCUCAAUGGAGGACGUCAGCUGGUGGACAGUCUACGGUGUUGGUCAGCGCGUAGCCAGCGCAUUCUCCGUACACGAGCGUGUCUUCAUCGCAGGUGAUGCUGGACACACUCAUUCCCCCGAUGCCGGACAAGGUCUGAACACGAGUGUAAAUGAUUCGCACAACCUUGGUUGGAAGCUCGCCUACGUCCUCAAAGGGCUGGCCCCGCUGUCUCUGCUGAAGACAUACGAGUCCGAGCGUCGCACAUUCGCUCUCAAGUUGAUCGCAUUCGAUAGAUGGUACGCGGAGGGCUUUUCCAGUGCUGCGCGUGCCAAGCUUCAGGGUGAUAGCAAUGUCGAAAUGCCCAUGCCAAUCGAUGCGUUUGUGGCCCAUUCAAGCCUGACAAGUGGCUGUGGCAUACACUAUGCGCCCUCCCUUGUCGUGGAAGGGAAGUCCGUCAUAGGAUCCGAUCUGUUGGUGGUCGGCAAGCGUCUUCCUCCUCAGACGCUCUACUACAGCGCAGAUCAUGCUCCGGUCGACAUCCAAGACUUCUGUCCCUCGGAUGGGCGUUUCAAGCUCUUCGUAUUUGUGGGAAAUCUCGCCACCCGAGAGGAUAAGGCACGACUCGGCGCUCUCGCCGAUGGGAUUAAGGGUGUUUUGCAUGUCCUGCCUCAGGAUGUCGUUUCCAUUGUGACCGUGAUCAAGAAUCUGGGCGGCGCGUUCACAUAUCGCGAUGUACCGGCUUUCUUGCGCCCGCGCUGGACUAGCGUGAUAGAGGACACGCACAAUUUCGAGGACAUCGGCAGAGCCUAUGGCGCAUUCGGAAUCGGGGACGAAGGAGCGCUCAUCGUGGUCCGACCCGAUGGUUACGUGGGUACAGUCACAAGGACUGUCUUGUCGUGA